CAGUAGAAUCUUCUGCAAGCACCAUAUUUUAGUGGAAUCUCUGGGGAAACUUUAACACUGAACAGACAAAAGGAGGGAGCAGAAAGCAAAAGGAACAACUCAAGAAAGUGCUCAGUAAAAAGAGAUGGCGUAUUUAUUCCUCCACUAUUUCUGUAAUCGAUGGGACAGUUUUGAUUAGCGCCUUUUGGCAGGUCUCCUUGCAAGAAAAGGAUGUGUGGUGCCCCGGAAGAGGUCACCAUGGAAACCCACAAGGAGGAGAUGGAGCUCCUCAGCAACAGCAUGGCAGCCUACGCACACAUCAGAGAUCACCCAGAGAGCUUUGGGCUGUACUUUGUACUGGGCGUGUGCUUUGGGCUUGUGUUAACCCUUUGCCUGCUGGUCAUCCACAUCUCAUGGCAGCCCCAGGCUGUCCCAGCAAGGUCCCGCAAAAGCCUGCGGGAAUUCAAUGAGGAAGAGGAGGAAGAAGAGGAGGAAGACACUGUGGACCAUGCAGCUUCCGAACCCCCGUUGUCCAUGACAGAGCUGCCCCUGGAGCCCCACGGCACACCCGACAGCACCCUCACGGUCAAUGUCUUUGCCUCGGCGGAAGAACUGGAACGGGCUCAGCGGCUGGAGGAACGCGAACGGAUCCUCCGGGAGAUCUGGCGCAAUGGGCAACCCGACAUCCUCGGGACAGGGACUGGAACCAUUGGCAGAGUCCACUAUUACUGACGAUGCAAUCAACUGAUCUCCGAACUCAGGCAGCCUGGACAACUGGAGGGGAAGGCCUGUUGGAGCUCACGGUGCUGCCUGGACAGAUUGGGGAGAGCUGCAGAAAUGAGCCACGCCCAACCACCUGCUCUGGGACUUAUCUCAGAACCACCUGAGAGGCAGCUGGAUGAGGGGGGGAGGGUGUGUGUGUGUUACUGGUGCAAAAUUAAGUCAGUAACCAGUAUCUGUGUACAAUGGCAAGAAGGGCCCUGAAAGGCCAUUGCUUUGUCAAACUCCUUCCCCCUUCUUGGCCUGUUGAGCAGCUUUGGAGUCAAGAAACCCAUUUUUCUUCCCGGCCUCAAGUCUUUAUGUUUCCUGUGCAGAGAUGAGAGGAAAGGAAGGCACUUGCAUGUGAAACCUAGCCUGGCAUUGCCCCCAGUGAAAGGCUUUUGUUUGUUUAUCUGCAAAGUCAAUGUUUGCCAUGCGAGCAGCCUGUGUGGGCCUCUGCAAGGAAGACAAUUGCAGUCGGCCCCAUAGCUCUUAGAGAAUAGCCAGAGAGACAGUACGUGAUGUGACGGAGCGGAGUAAGUGGCUGACGCUCUUGAAGGUCUGAUAGGCCGGGACUGGAGCUGCAGGGCUUUUGCCUUGUAGGAGUUCAUGUGCACUGUGAGGUGCAGGCAGUGUCCAGUUGGAUUAGCAAGGGGGUGGAUGAGAGGGUAAAGCACACAUGAAGCUGCCUUGUACAUCAGACUCUUGGUCCAUCAAGGUCCAGCAGGUCUCCAGGGUCUCUGUCUGAGGUCUUUCUCAUCACCUACUGUUUGGAUUUUUUAACUGGAGAUGCCGAGGAUUGAACCUGGGACCUUCUGCAUGCAAAGCAGAAGCUCUUCCACUGAACCAUCUCCUACCGUGUGUAGUAACUAUACAUAUAAAAGACAGGCCAUAUUGGUGAUGAAUUGCCUCUUAUCCCCUCUCCGGCGGGCCCGCAACCCCUCCGCGGGGAUAAAAGAUGAGUCCUCAGCAACAGGGCUUGCCGAGGCGGCUGCUGCACCUCUCCUCCCUCACACUUACCUGGCUGCGCUCCUGCGCGCCACAGUAGUGCACUUGCUGCCCCUCCAGCAACCUGAAUCAGCCCCAAUGGAGUCAAAUCUGGCAGCUUCCAGACACAGAAGUGCAUCAAGGUGCCUGCUGCCCCCCCCCCCUGCAGUGCUCCUGGCUCUGCAACCGCCUAAACCAGGGCUGAAUCAGGCAGCUGCAGCAUGCAGAAGUACGCCAGGGUGCUUGUCGCCCCCUGGCAGUACUCCCCACUUCUGCAGCUGACCAAUUCAGCCUGAAUUGGGGCCUAAUCGGGUGGCUAUGGGCCUAGGAGCAUUCCAGGGCCCUUGCUGUCCCCCCCCCCGGCAGAGCUCUUGGGCUCCGCAGCUGCCCGAUUCAGCCUGAAUUGGGGGCAAAUCAGGCAGUUGUGCAGGAGCACUCCAGGGCCCCUCCCCUCGCAGUGCUCUCAGCCGCCACAGCCUACUGAUUCGGCCCAAGUCGGGGCCGAAUUGCAGGGUGCAGGAGUGCUCCAGGGCCCUUGCUGCCCCCAGCCUCCAGAGCCACCUGAUGCAGUCUAUGGAGGCAGCGGGGAGGCCUGGCUCAGUGGUGCCACCCUCCCAAGGCCCCGCAGCAGGGGGCCUGCCAAAUCAGUUUUUUAGAGCCCGUUGUAUUUUUUCCCCACAACGGGCUUUGUUGCUAGUGGUGCCUAUAUGCUAGAGUAUAUAUAAAAGGAAGAGCAGGAGGAAACUGGUUCUUUUAAUCCCCAUUGAACAACACUUAGUACAUCAUCUGCAUGCACAUAACCCCAUACCAACUCCUUGCUUUGGUAUGAUCUUUCCCAAGCCUAGUUUGACACAAGCUUCUUGGAAAGAUUGUUGGCAAAGCAACUUUUGAUGUUGUGCAGAUGAGAAAGGGUGCCUAUUUUUUGCAGGUUCUACUCACAUUAAUACAAUUUUCCCCACCUCAA